AUGAGACCGGAGAAUUUUCCGACACAGAAGGUAUGGGGAUUUUUACCAGGUGCUAAUUGGGACCUCAUCAAAUACGGCAAAGGAGGUGGCCGGGGUUGUCGCAACUCGUCAAACUUGAAGGAGUCCGCAAUGGUUCUUUGGGCAAGGGUGGUCUUGCUUCUCCAGUGUGUCUCCGUUUUGAAGUCCUCUAGCAUCGAGGAUCCCAAGCAGCUGAAGUUCCAAAUGGAGGUCGAAGGCUCAAAGGUGGUGAGAAAAGGUGAUGACUUAAAUGUGACGUGUGUGACAGUAGAUUCCUCGAUCCCGGGUGCAGAAUGGAUCCAACCGGAAAGGAUGUCUGGGGGUAACUCCAACUCUACUACUAUUGUGGGGAAUCUCCUUCAAUUGAAGAAUGUUCAAGUGUCCGGAAAUUAUACAUGCGUGGCAAAGAGCAAGGAACAAGAUCGGAUCGAGCGGACGAUGCUGAUAACCGUUCAGGACUUGCCCCAUGCACCCUUUGACUUGAGGGUUAGUGAGGUGACGGACUCUUCACUGAGGCUGGAAUGGUAUUAUCCUCUUUCUCCUCAUGUAUACACAUCCUCAAAACCAAGUCACAUCAUGUAUUACAUGGUGCUAUACAAGCCGCAUAACCCAUCAUGGCCAACCCAUCAUGGUAAGCAGGACCUCUUUGAGAUUUCCGACAUCACCGAGAACCAAUACACCAUCAAAAAUCUGAACAGUAGCAAGGAAUAUGAGUUUCACGUAUUGGCCGUAAAUCUUCUCGGCAGAGGUCCUGUGUCUAAACAGAUCUAUGCCACCACCAAAGGAACGGUGCCAAAGUCAUCUCCGACGCAUGUGAAGGCCAAAUAUCUGAGCCAGACUAGUUUGCUGAUCCGGUGGGCAAAGCCUGAAAUAAAAGCCAAUGCCAACAGGAAUCAUGGCCACUACCAAUACUCCACCACCAGCACUCCGAGAGCGACGGCCUACAAGGUGUACUACACGAGCAACCCCGACCUGGGUAUCGAAGAGUGGUCCAGUCAAGUGGAUAUUGCCAACCGUGAUUGGGGAGGGAUAACCAUAAUCUCCGGCUUGGCCCCAUUGACAGUCUAUACCGUCAUGGUCCAGGCUUACACCACAAACGGGCCCACCCCUAUCUCGCCACCUAUUCAAGUGAAGACACAAUACAGAGUCCCGUCCCAGCCGAGCGACAUCCGGGUCGUGAAUCGAACAACCACCUCUAUCAGCCUAGUAUGGGAUCCACCAGUCGCCCUAGAAGAUGCUCAGGAACCCCUUAUCAAUGGGACAUUCUACGAGAAUAUCACGUAUGAAUGGGAGACAGUGGAGAGCGGAACAGGCAUUGACCUCGACUCAGCUCACCAUUCCGUCGGCAGAUUCGAAGCAGAAGCCAUUCAGGAAGAGGGCCACUAUAAUGAAUACAGUGAAGGGAGGUAUGCCAAGGUGGCCAUGAAGGUGAUUCUAACGCGGAAGCUGAGUUUUUAUUUGCUGCAGACGUACGUACCAUCGGGACUGCUGGUUCUCAUCAGUUGGCUGAGUUAUCUCAUCAACCCUGAGCACGUCCCAGGAAGAAUGCUCGUCUGCGUUGCCACCAUCCUAGCCAAUUCCACCAUGUUCACCGGCUUUCAGUCCCAAAUGCCGACGGUGUCAUACGUGAAGGCGAUCGACGUGUGGAUGAUGGCUUGCAUCGCGUUUGGGAUCUUUUCCCUCGUAGAAUUCUCAGUCGUAAUCCACAUGGGGAAACGCUGGAAGGACAUAAAUCGAACACCCUCACCUGAUGGUUCACUCUUCGCCCGACUCCCGUUUCAAAUGCUUCCUGAUUCGAUCAGCGGGAGAGCCCUUACUAAGCGUCCACCUCCCAUGUGGAUUUGGAACCAGGAGGAUGUCCCACCAGGCGGUAUUUCCACCUGUUGUAGCGAUGUCCACCCAGUGGAAAAUCCACCGGGAGGGAAAUUCCACCUGACCCGAAAUAAUGUGUACGAAUGGAUAAGAGGAUUUCCACCUGGGGGGGACGUCCACCUGGUUCCAAAUCCACCCCCAACCCACCUGGUCAAACAACCAGGUGGAUAG